AUGACCGAUGUGCAGGGGUCCCCUCGAAAUGGGGGUGGUGGCAGUAAAGGGAAGGGAACAAAUGAUCCAAUCAGGUUUUUGCCAGUGUUACCAUCAAAAAGAAGCAAACCAUCAUGGCAGCAAAGUCAGCCAUUGUUUGAGUUGUCUGGUAAACCAGUGGAGGAGGAUAAAAAUGGAAUAGAUCUUGUUGGAGAACUGACAUCAAGAGAACCAAAAAGAAGGAAGACAGGAAAACUGAAACCAUUAGACAAACAAAAUGGAUCAACAAACGGUGAUGUUAGUCAGUUCCAGCAGCCGAAGAAAGACCGUGAACAUUUCAGGAAGGCACUUGUUGAUAUCAUUAUGCAAGAUGACCAAGGCAUGCCUCACAGUAGUACAGCCUCCAUGAAUGGAGACCUACCACCUCUGUCACGCACAGGGUCUCCCACAGGAGCUGAGAAAGAUAUCCUUCGCUAUUAUUACUACAUUCAUAAUGGUAUUGACACAGAACAUGUGGCUCCCAUGGAAGACUCCUGGCUGGAGAAUGUACUCAAUCUUGUCCCAUACGAACUGAAGACAGGCCAUGGGGAGACAAUUGAGAAUUUAUCAGAUGAAAUGAGAGAAGACUACCUCCUCAGUGUAAAGAAGGCCAUCGUUGACUUUGUGCUGAAGGAUCCUCGGGAGAAAGAAGACGAUAACAAAGAAAAGCCACCUCCCCAUCGUGAAGAGAUGGAUGUUGUACCUAAACCCUGGCACAAGUCCUUUGUCCAGGGCCUCGAACUGACCACACAGAACCUACACAUUACCACUCCAUGCAUGUUACAGGUUCUGGAUUUCUGGCAUGUCUCCUUUGGCAACUUACGAUUCAUUGAUAUUGAAGAGUUCCACAACCGUGUUGAGUCCAUGGAGCUUGGUCCAUUCCAAACGCUGUGUAUGCGACAUGUAGAAGCAGCCAAAGACAGACUAUUGAAAAAAUGGUUCCCAGAGGUCCAGAUUAUGUUCUAUGAGGGAAACAAACGCAAACAGGUCCCCAGUAAUCAGGAUCCAGAGAAGCUUGAAUCGUUUUUCAACUGUGCUGCCACCUUGAUGACAGACAACCUUCAGCAGCUGACCUUGAACUCUCUCAGUGACUACACUGACCUCUUAUGUCAGCCCCCUCAUUCCACACGGGCACAUGAACAUCCAGGGUUUGUGUUGCGCUUGAUCCUUGACAACAAUGGGAUCAAGUUUGAACCAACAUUUAAGGAGUUUGAGAUGGUCAUACUCAACGUAUAUGAUGUCAUGAUCAAGGCUUCAGGCCAAGUUCCCAGAGUGGAAACCAAGCUCUACCUCGACUGGAGUGGAAACAAGAAUAAGUCUAACCUCCAGCCCAUCAUUCUCCCAGAAAUAGUGGAGGCUCACAAACAGAAAGUGCGCGACGUCAUCAAGAAGGAGAGUAUCGGGCCUAUCGAACAUUGUAAAAUAUUUGACAAGUACAACUUCCUCAUCUCCAAACAGGCCGAAGCUGAUGUGGAAAAUUUUGCAAAGGAGACUCAUUCUUUCGAAGAAUACUCCAAAGAAGUGAAGAAAUACCAAAAACUGGUUGAGGAAAUCACUUACGGAAUGCAGAAGGGUGAAUUUAGACCAAAGGUGCUAAGGCUUGGCAUGUUUGAGGUUCAUUGUGAUGAGCUUGUCCGUGCUCUUGCUAAGCGUGCCGAGAGCUUGUGUCAGCGAUUGCUCACCCGUAUGUCAGAGGAUCACAAAGAGGCUAACAAGAAAUUGUGUGACGAUUAUGAGGAGAUUGCCGAGAAAGCUCUGACAACCCCCGCCAACACAGACAAAUUAAUGGAACUUAAAGCUUACAUUGAAAAUGUGGAAUCUGACGUCAUUUUCAAGAUGGAGAAGCGUCUGAUGGAAUCCAAGGAUCGACUCACUUUUCUGUCAGACUUUGCACAGUUCACUCCAGCAGAGAUUCGACUAAAUGCAAAUGUCUUCAUGUGGCAUGGACGUAUGCCCGCCAUAUUUGAGGAACACAAGCUGAUCAUUUCUGAGAAGAAAUCACAGUAUGAAGAUGCAUUGAAGUUGCGUAGAGAACGAUUCAUGGAAGAAAUGGAAAGUUACCAAAAGCAGCUGGAAGAGUUUGCAACAUUUGGAGACAUGAAUGAUAUCCAGAAAUAUCUGAGAAAAGCCCAAGCCCUUGACAACAAACUUAAUGUGGCUCAAGAAAAGAUUGAGGCCUUCAACAAUGAAGAGGAAGCCUUUGGCUGGCAGACAACAGCAUAUCCUCAGAGACAGGGUAUUAUCAAUACUCUGAAGCCAUACCUCAGUCUGUAUGAACUCACUGUUGACUUCAACAACAAGUACAAAGAAUGGAUGGAUGGACCAAUGAGUGGAGUAGAUCCUGACGAGGUGGAACAGGAUGUUGGAAACUUCUGGAGAAAUCUCUAUAAAUUGGAGAAACAGUUUGAUAGUGUCCCAUCUGCAAAGAAAAUAGCACACAAGGUUAAGGCAAAAGUAGAGGAGUUCCGAGAGCACAUGCCACUUGUGAACACGCUGUUCAAUCCUGGACUCCGUGACCGUCAUUGGGAACAGAUUUCAGAAGCAGCUUCCUUCCCUCUGAAACCAGAUGACAGCUACUGUCUGUCUAAGUUUGUGGACAUGAAUCUGGACGCACACAUACCUAGAUUUGAGCAGAUCAGUGAAGCUGCCAGUAAAGAAUUCUCCCUGGAGAAGGCUAUGGAGAAGAUGAAGACAGAAUGGGCUGAGAUUGAGUUCACUAUCAUCCCAUACCGUGACACAGGAACUCAGAUUCUUUCAUCCGUUGAUGACAUUCAGCUUCUCCUGGACGACCAUAUUGUGAAGACCCAGACAAUGAGAGGAUCACCAUUUAUCAAACCAUUUGAGAAUGAGAUCAAAGACUGGGAAGGAAAGCUUAUGUUACUGCAGGACAUCCUUGAUGAGUGGCUGAAAGUACAAGCUACUUGGCUAUAUCUAGAGCCCAUCUUCAGCUCUCCUGACAUCAUGGCCCAGAUGCCCGAGGAAGGACGGCGCUUCACAACUGUCGACAAGAACUGGAGGGACAUUAUGAAGUCUGCUGUGGUUGACAAGCAUGUAUUGGCUGUCAUUGAGAUUGAGAAAAUCCUUGAAAGACUGAAGAAGUCUAAUGAAUUGCUGGAGCUGAUCCAGAAGGGAUUGAAUGACUACCUCGAGAAGAAACGUCUAUUCUUCCCAAGAUUUUUCUUCCUCUCCAACGAUGAGCUGCUGGAAAUCUUGUCUGAGACCAAAGAUCCCACAAGGGUACAGCCACAUUUGAAGAAAUGUUUUGAAGGAAUUGCCCGACUGGAGUUCACCGACACCUUAGACAUCACCCAUAUGAAGAGUAGUGAGGGAGAGAUUGUUGAGCUUAUUGAUGUGAUUUCCACCUCAAAGGCUCGAGGACAGGUAGAAAAAUGGCUUCUGGAACUUGAGGCUGACAUGAUUGCUUCACUCCACAAGACAACUGGCGAGGCUAUCCAGGCCUACGUAAAACAGACAAGAUCAGAAUGGGUGAAAGUCUGGGCUGGACAGUGUGUGUUAGCUGUAACUGCUAUGUACUGGACAACGUUCAUUCAUGAAGCAUUCAAAAAAGGCGGUACCGCUCUUAAUGAUUACCUCCAAACCAACAACGCACAAAUUGACGAUAUCGUAGAGAUGGUGCGAGGAAAGUUGUCCAAACAGAACCGUGUCACUCUCCAGGCUCUCAUCGUACUCGAUGUCCAUGCUCGUGAUGUGCUUGCUACACUAGUCAAAAACGAAGUUGGAGAUGAGAUGGACUUUGCCUGGCUUAGUCAACUGCGUUAUUACUGGGAGGAUGAUCGUAUGAUCACACGUAUGAUCAACUCUAUGCUGAAGUAUGGCUAUGAAUAUCUUGGCAACACUGGACGUCUUGUCAUUACUCCAUUGACUGACAGGUGUUACAGAACCCUGUUUGGUGCUCUCCACCUCCAUCUUGGUGGGGCUCCUGAAGGACCUGCUGGAACCGGGAAAACUGAAACAACAAAAGAUCUGGCAAAGGCCGUCGCUAAACAGUGUGUUGUCUUUAACUGCUCUGAUGGUCUUGAUUUCAUUGCCCUGGGAAAAUUCUUCAAGGGUUUGGCCUCUUGUGGUGCCUGGUCUUGCUUUGAUGAGUUUAACCGUAUUGACCUUGAGGUGUUGUCAGUCGUGGCCCAGCAGAUCCUCACCAUCCAGAGAGGUAUUAAUGCCGGAGCUGAUCGCAUGAUUUUUGAGGGCACAGAGAUCAGAUUGGAUCCAACUUGUUCCGUGUUUAUCACCAUGAACCCUGGUUAUGCCGGUCGCUCUGAACUUCCCGACAACCUGAAGGCGUUGUUCCGUACCGUGGCUAUGAUGGUGCCAGAUUACGCACUGAUUGCUGAGAUUUCCCUGUACUCCUGUGGAUUUGUGCACGCUCGCCCCCUCUCAGUCAAAAUUGUGGCUGUGUACCGUCUCUGUUCUGAACAAUUGUCAUCACAGCAUCAUUAUGAUUAUGGCAUGCGAGCCGUAAAGUCUGUCCUGACUGCUGCCGGUAAUCUGAAGUUGAAAUACCCAGAAGAGGACGAGAAUGUGCUGAUGUUGCGUUCAAUUAUUGACGUAAACUUGCCCAAGUUUUUGAGCCAUGAUCUGCCACUGUUCCAUGGUAUCACCUCAGAUUUGUUCCCAGGAAUCAAAUUACCACCCCCAGACUACGUUGUUCUGAAUGAAGCCAUCCAGUCUAACUGCACCAAGCUGAACUUACAGUGUGUUGACUUCUUCCAAGAGAAAAUACAACAGAUUUAUGAAAUGAUGAUUGUCCGUCACGGUUUCAUGAUCGUGGGUGAGCCUUUUGGUGGCAAAACCAGUGCUUAUAAAGUUCUGUCUCAUGCUCUUGGAGAUAUUCACGAAAAAGGUUUGAUGGACGAGAAUAAGGUGCAGAUUACAGUUCUUAACCCCAAGGCUGUUACUAUGGGUCAGCUUUAUGGUCAGUUUGACCCUGUCUCCCACGAGUGGUCAGAUGGAAUCCUAGCUGUGUCCUACCGUGCCUUCGCUACGUCAACGACCCCCGACAGGAAGUGGUUGAUCUUUGACGGUCCAGUUGAUGCCAUCUGGAUUGAAAACAUGAACACUGUGCUUGAUGACAACAAGAAGCUAUGUUUGAUGAGCGGUGAAAUCAUUCAGCUGGCCAAUACCACCAAUCUGAUGUUUGAGCCCAUGGAUCUGGAAGUAGCUUCCCCUGCUACAGUAUCUCGCUGUGGCAUGAUCUACAUGGAACCGUCCUCAAUGGGAUGGCGGCCAAUUGUCAAGUCGUGGCUUCAUCUGAUGCCGCCUACACUGACAGAAACCCACAAGUCCACCAUCAAUGAUAUGUUUGAGAGAUUUGUUGAUGCCUGCAUUCAGCUGGUCAGGAAAGGUGGAGUCGUUGAACUUUCACCAACCACCGAUAUUGCUUUGGUGAAUUCUCUCAUGAAUCUGAUGGACUCGUUGAUGGAUGAAUUCCAUGAUGAGGCUAAAAUCUCACAGAUGGAAGAAAGGGAGAUCAUCACAUGGCUUGAGAGUAUUUUCUUCUUCGCCAUUACAUGGUCUAUUGGUGGGAGCUGUUCUGAUGACGGUCGUGUCAAAUUUGACAAAAUACUUAGAGAACUGAUUUCUGGUGGAAUGACGGAGGAUACAAGAAUAAAAAUAAGUUUACCAGAGCUUGUAGACCCACCCAUGAAACCAUACCUAAAUCCAUUCCCACCCAAGGGCCGAGUGUAUGACUACAGGUUCAUAAAGGAGGGAUCUGGAAGAUGGGUACAGUGGUCCGAGGAAAUCAAGGACUCUCCUCCAAUCCCCAAGGAAGCAAGUUUUAACGAGAUCAUUGUUCCAACAGUGGACACAGUGCGAUACACAGCACUCUUAAACAUGCUUCUCACACACAAGAAGCCAGUCCUAUUUGUGGGCCCCACUGGUACAGGCAAAAGUGUCUACGUGGGCGACUUCCUGCUCAACAAGCUGGAUAAGGAACUAUACAAACCCAACAUUCUGAACUUCUCAGCCCAGACCACAGCCAACCAGACACAGAACAUGAUUAUGUCCAAGCUGGACAGACGUAGAAAGGGUGUGUUUGGUCCCCCUCUUGGCAAGACAGCGUUGGUGUUUGUUGAUGAUUUGAACAUGCCGAUGCGAGAGACCUUCGGUGCUCAGCCACCUAUUGAGUUGCUGCGUCAGUGGCAGGAUCACUGGAACUGGUACGACUUAAAGGAAAUCACAGCCAUGAAACUGAUAGAUAUACAGCUGGUAGCAGCCAUGGGACCACCAGGUGGUGGGCGUAACCCCGUUACACCCAGAUUCCUCCGUCAUCUCAACACCAUUACCAUCAAUGAGUUUGACGAUGAAACUAUGAUCACCAUAUUUAAAAGGAUUAUGGAGUGGCACAUCUCCUCUAGAGGAUUCAGUAAUGAGUUCAAGCCAUGCGUAGAACAGCUUGUGCUUGGCACACUGACCGUUUACAAGGAAGCCAUGAAGAAUCUGUUGCCCACACCAACCAAAUCACAUUAUCUAUUUAACCUGCGAGAUUUCAGCAGAGUCAUACAGGGGGUACUCCUAUCCACCCCAGAAACGAUGGAGGAACCUGCAUCCAUGAAAAGACUUUGGGUCCAUGAGGUGUUCAGAGUCUACUAUGAUCGUCUGGUUGAUGAUGCUGAUAGGAACUGGCUGUUUACUUAUGUGCGUGAAGUGUGUAAAACAGAACUCAGAGAGGACUUUGAUCAGUUGUUUAUCCAUCUGGAUUUUGAUAAUGAUGGCAAAGUUACGGAGGACGACCUGCGUAGUUUAGUGUAUUGUGAUUUCGCAGAUCCAAAAUCAGACUCAAAACAUUACGUGGAGGUUCGAGAUCUGGAAAAUCUACGGGUAACAGUUGAAGGAUAUCUGGAUGAAUUUAACAACAUGAGUAAAAAACCAAUGAACCUUGUACUUUUCAGAUUUGCUAUAGAACAUGUGUCCAGAAUUGCUAGAAUCAUUAAACAGCCUAGAAGCCACGCUCUUCUUGCCGGAGUUGGUGGCUCUGGACGUCAGUCACUUACCCGACUUGGUGCACAUAUGGCAGACUUCGAUCUGUUCCAGGUUGAACUCUCCAAAAGUUACGGAACUCCUGAGUGGCGUGAAGAUCUAAAGAGAAUUUUACGUAAAUCAACAGAAAGUGAAAGUCAUGGUGUCUUCCUGUUCUCCGACACCCAGAUCAAACAAGAGUCCUUCCUUGAGGAUAUUAACAACUUAUUGAAUGCUGGUGAGGUGCCAAACCUUUUCGCUAUUGAUGAAAAGCAGGAAAUUUGUGAAAAGAUGCGGCAGUUAGAUAGACAGAGGGACAAAACAAAGCAAACUGAUGGAACACCUGUGGCUUUGUUCAACUUCUUCAUCUCCCGAGUACGAGACCAGCUACAUAUUGUACUGGCCAUGAGUCCUAUAGGUGACACCUUCCGAAGCCGACUCAGGAAAUUCCCCUCCCUUGUCAAUUGUUGUACCAUUGAUUGGUUCCAGUCGUGGCCAGAAGAUGCCUUGCAAGCUGUAGCUUUGCGGUUCCUGGAGGAUGUUGAGCUUGGUGAGGAGGAGCGUGUAGGAUGUACCACAAUCUGUAAACUAUUCCACACAUCCACACGAGAGUUGUCAUCUCGCUUCUAUCUGGAAUUAGAGCGACACAACUAUGUGACACCCACAUCCUACCUUGAACUCAUUAGCACUUUCAAAUCUCUUCUAGACAAAAAGCGACAGGAAGUUCAGAAGCAGAAAAGGCGAUAUGAGGUUGGUCUUGAAAAGCUGCAGUCAGCUGCCUCUGAGGUCGCAGUGAUGCAGAAAGAUCUGACAGACUUACAGCCACAGCUGGUUGUCGCCAGUAAGGAAGUUGAUGAGAUAAUGGUGGUCAUUGAAAAGGACUCUGUGGAGGUGGCCAAAGUAGAAAAGGUUGUGAAAGCUGACGAGGCAGUAGCGAACGAACAAGCUAAAGGAGCCAAAGCAAUUAAAGAUGAAUGUGAUGCUGACCUGGCAGAGGCUAUCCCUGCUCUCAAUGCUGCCUUAUCUGCUUUGAACACACUCACUGCACAGGACAUUACAGUCGUGAAAACAAUGAAAAGUCCCCCAUAUGGCAUCAAACUGGUGCUGGAAGCAGUGUGUGUCCUCAAAGGUAUCAAACCUGAGCGUAUACCAGACCCAAGUGGCUCAGGGAAAAAGAUUGAGGACUACUGGGGCCCCUCCAAGAAAAUGUUGGGCGACAUGAAAUUCUUAGAAAGUCUGAGAGAGUUUGACAAGGAUAACAUACCAGUGGCUUACAUGAAGCAGCUACGUGCCAAGUACAUGAAUAAUCCUGAAUUUGACCCUGACAAGGUCCGAAAUGCCUCCACUGCCUGUGAAGGUCUGUGUAGAUGGUGUCGCGCCAUGGACGUGUAUGACAGAGUGGCAAAGGUUGUUGCUCCCAAGAAGAUCAAACUGAAGGAAGCAGAAGGAGAGCUUGCGACUGCCAUGGCCUCACUGGAGAAGAAGCGAAGCUCACUACGAGAGGUCCAAGACAAACUUGCCAAGUUGCAAUCAACUCUUGAGAAUAACAAGAAAAAGAAAGUGGACCUAGAGAACCAAGUAGACAUGUGUACAAAGAAAUUAGAGCGAGCAGAGCAGCUGAUUAGUGGACUCGGUGGAGAGAAAGAUCGAUGGGGUCAGGCAGCUCGACGCCUUGGUAUCCAGUACAAUAACCUAACAGGAGACAUCCUCGUCUCUUCUGGAAUUGUUGCUUAUUUAGGAACCUUUACAUCGGCCUUCAGACAAGACCAGACCCAAAGCUGGAUAGAGUCCAUCAAGAGCAACGGUAUUCCUUGUUCCAGUGAUUUCUCUCUGAUUAAUACCCUGGGAGAACCUGUUAAGAUUCGUGCCUGGAACAUUGCUGGACUCCCAACAGACAGCUUCUCCAUAGAAAAUGGAAUCAUGUUGUCAAAUGCCCGUCGUUGGCCAUUGAUGAUUGAUCCACAAGGACAGGCAAACAAAUGGAUCAAAAACAUGGAAAAGGCAAACAACCUUCAUUGUAUCAAACUCAGUGAUGGCGACUUUGUCCGAACAUUGGAGAAUUGUAUCCAGUUUGGAACUCCGGUUCUACUAGAAAAUGUACAGGAAGAGCUCGACCCUCUACUGGAACCACUGCUGUUGAAACAGACCUUCAAACAGGGUGGUAGUAUCUGUAUACGACUUGGUGAUAGUACCAUAGAGUACUCCCAGGACUUCAAGUUCUAUAUCACAACCAAGCUACGAAAUCCCCACUACCUCCCAGAGACCUCUGUCAAGGUGACCCUGCUGAAUUUCAUGAUCACACCAGAGGGACUUGAGGAUCAGUUGCUAGGUAUUGUUGUUGCUAAGGAGCGUCCAGAACUGGAGGAGGAAAAGAAUGCUCUGAUCAUACAGAGCGCCACAAACAAGCGCCAACUGAAGGAAAUUGAAGACAAAAUUCUGGAAGUAUUGUCUUCUUCAGAGGGCAAUAUUCUAGAGGAUGAAACAGCCAUUAAAAUCAUGUCCUCAUCCAAAACCUUGUCAGAUGAAAUUUCAGAAAAACAGGCAAUUGCAGAGGAAACAGAGAAAAAGAUUGACAAAGCUCGUCUUGGCUACAAGCCUAUUGCCAUCCAUUCCACCAUCUUGUUUUUCUCAAUUGCUGAUCUGGCCAAUAUUGAACCCAUGUACCAAUAUUCUCUAACCUGGUUCAUCAUGCUCUUCGGAAUGUCAAUUGAGAAUGCAGAAAAGUCCGAUGAUCUGGAGAAACGUUUGAAAAACCUGCACAACCAUUUUACCUAUUCUCUGUAUUGUAACAUCUGUCGGUCUCUGUUUGAGAAGGACAAGCUGCUGUUCUCAUUCUUGUUGGCUGUCAACAUUCUUAAACAUGACAAACUGAUCAAUGAAGAAGAAUGGCGGUUCCUCUUGACUGGAGGAAUAGGUCUGGAUAACCCACACAGCAACCCUACCUCCUGGCUGCCAUCCAAAUCAUGGGAUGAGAUCUGCCGUCUUGACGACCUUGAACAUUUCAAAGGAAUUCGGCAAAAGUUUCUUACACAGAAAGAUCAAUGGAGGGAGAUGUACGACUCACUGGAGCCCCAAAAUGCUAAGAUGGCAGGUGAUUGGGAAGAAAAACUCCAGAAAUUCCAGAAGAUGUUGGUUCUCCGAUGUCUUCGUCCAGAUAAGGUCGUCCCAGCUGUCCAAGAUUUUGUGGCAGAGAAAAUUGGGAAGAAGUUCAUUGAACCACCUCCCUUUGACCUUCCCAAAGCUUUUGCUGACAGUACAUGUGCUGCUCCUCUCAUUUUCAUUCUGUCUCCUGGUGCAGAUCCGAUGUCGUCUCUCCUCAAAUUUGCCGAUGAUCAGGGAUUUGGUGGGGCCAAAUUUGACUCCCUGUCUCUAGGACAAGGUCAGGGGCCAAUCGCUAUCAAGAUGAUUCAGAAAGGAGUGAAGGAAGGGACUUGGGUGAUGUUGCAGAACUGUCAUUUGGCACCAUCUUGGAUGCCUACCCUGGAGAAAAUUUGUGAGGAUCUCAACCCAGAACAAACCCAUCCAGACUUCCGUAUGUGGCUGACCAGUUAUCCAGCUUCCUUCUUCCCAGUGUCCAUUCUACAAAAUGGUGUGAAGAUGACAAAUGAGCCGCCCAAAGGGUUGAGAUUCAACGUCCUCCGGUCAUACUUAACUGAUCCGAUUUCUGACCCAGAGUUUUUCUCUUCUGUCAAGAAUCAGUAUGCCUGGAAGAAGCUUCUGUUUGGUUUGUGUUUCUUCCAUGGUAUUGUUCAGGAGAGAAGGAAGUUUGGACCUUUGGGCUGGAACAACCCCUACGAGUUCAACGAGACUGACUUGCGUAUUAGCGUGCAGCAAUUGGCAAUGUACUUGAAUGAAUACACGGAUAUCCAGUACGAUGCCAUCCGUUACCUGACUGGAGAGUGUAAUUAUGGAGGGCGUGUUACUGAUGAGUGGGAUCGUCGUACUCUGCACAGCAUUCUCGACAAAUUCUACAGCACCAACAUCAUUGAAGACAAAAACUACAAAUUUGAUGAAACUGGCGAUUAUUUCUCUCCCAAUGACCUUGAUUAUGAGGGAACACUGGAGUUUAUCCGUAACCUGCCAUUGAAUUCUAAACCUGGAAUCUUCGGUAUGAAUGACAAUGCUGACAUCACUAAGGACCAGGGAGAGACACGCCUCCUUUUUGACAACAUCCUCCUGACACAGGUAGGCGCUAAAGCUUCAUCUGAGGGAGGCAAAUCCACUGACGAAGUUGUAGAUGAAGUGGCAGCAGACAUCCUGUCAAAGUUGCCACCAAACUACGAUACAGAUGCAGCGCUAAGGAAAUAUCCAACAUCAUACAAACAGAGCAUGAAUACUGUUCUUGUCCAGGAAAUGGUGCGCUUCAACCGCCUCCUCGUCACCAUCCGGUCUAGCCUUGUGAACAUCAGGAAAGCACUCAAGGGACUCGUUGUCAUGUCUGGAGAUCUAGAGGAAGUCGUCCUCAGUAUCCUGAAAGGUGUUCCCCCUGGUAUGUGGAUGAAGAAAUCCUACCCCUCACUGAAACCAUUAGGAAGCUAUGUCAACGAUUUCCUGGCUCGACUCAAGUUCCUUCAGGACUGGUAUGAUCAAGGACCACCUCCAGUUUUCUGGAUCUCAGGAUUUUACUUCACACAAGCCUUCUUGACUGGUGCCCAGCAGAAUUAUGCUAGGAAAUACACCAUCCCUAUUGAUCUUCUCAGCUUCGACUACGAUGUCUUGGAGGAUAAAGAUUAUGACACAGCCCCAGAUGAUGGGGUGUAUGUGUAUGGCCUGUUUGUGGAUGGAGCCAGAUGGGACAGGAAAACCAGGUUAUUGGCCGAGUCAGAACCCAAGAUACUAUUUGACCCCUUACCUAAGGUGUGGGUGAAACCAAUAAAGAAAUCAGACAUCCCAGAUAAACCAAUAUACAGAUCUCCGAUCUACAAAACAAGUGCACGUCGUGGUGUUCUCUCUACCACUGGUCACUCUACAAACUUCGUCAUUGCUAUGAGUGUGCCCUCAGACCGCCCACAGCAGCAUUGGAUUGGAAGGGGUGUGGCUAUGCUGUGUCAGCUCGAUGAUUGAUUGCUUGUAUACAGCAAAAGGAUUGGAGCCAACUUCAGACUUUACUUAUAUUUAUAUAUAUGUUAUUAUGGUAAUAAAACUUGUCAAUCAACGUGUUAGGGGCGUGACUUCAUUUAUUAUGCAAAUGAAGAUCCUGGAACAUCGUAUUCUGAAGGGAAAAUAUUGAGACUGAUUCCCCAAAAGUAACACAAGUUUUGAGUGUGACACAUUAUUUUAUUUUUUGUUAUUUAAGUAUUACCAUUUAUUACCAGUACAAACAAAGGUCUGACAAUAUAUUUUUAUUUUUGCGAAUAAAUGUUAUCUUGAUCAUACGUGUUGAAUUUCCGUCCUGUUUCAGAAACUUCACGGCUACAGUUACAACAAAGAAGUUAACUUAUUUGGAUAAUUUUGAUAUAUAUACGAUGUGGUAUUAUCCCUAAUUAUACAUAUAUCUAUUUUAAAUAUUUGUAUAUUAUUGAAAUUGCUUUAUCUUCUGAAUGAGAGAUAAAUUAUAGCAUAGUAUUGUUUUCAGUUAUCUUUACCACAGGGUUUGCCGAAGACGUAUUUUUAUAUUACUUCUGUGAGAAUAGUCUUGUGCUAUU